AUGGAGAACUUCGGGACGUUGGUCACCCAGGCACUGCUCCUUUCCUCGACGUGGCACCGGUUCUACCAAGUGAACGUGGGAAACGGAGAAGGUCCCUGCUGCGGGCCGUCCACGUGCCACGCCUGGAAGAUCCUCGACCCCAAGGCGAAGAAGAGGUUCCUGGAGAUGGAGGCGAAGGCGGGCGGGGGGACGGCCCCGUCCCACGUGCUCCCGCCGGACUGUCUGCUGAGCACGGUGCUGAGGAUGCAGUCCCUGGUGCCUCCGGUCCCCAUCGAGGAUCUGCUGCUCAAGUAUCAGGAGCUGAGGGAUCGUCGGGAGGACCUGGUGAAGUUGCUUCACGGACCGUUUUCGCAUCCGCUGUGGAGCUCCGUGGUAAAGGGGCUACCUCCCGGACCGGAUGAUGCCGACGAGCAUCUAGAGGCCUUUCGGGAGAUCCAACGCUUUCAGAUCUCGGCCACAGCCAACGACUGCUCUCUCUUUCUCACCUUUGCCCCGGUCGGCGGGCCCAGAAACGGUUUCGAUGUGGGGGUGAAGGAGGGGAGAGGGUAUGUACGAGACGCUUCGGGAUCCUGGUAUGCUUGCCAGGUGAAGAUCAUCGACGUGGAUCCCAAGUCUCCCGAUCGAAUCUCGAAGUACAUUCGACAGGAUGCAGAGAGCAGAGCCCUCUUCUGUCGUCUGCACCCAUCUUAGAAUCUUAUUAAGGGCAUCUACGGUAAUUGGUGCUAGUCCACGACACGGGUGUGUUCAUCGAAGCCAGCCUUUCCAAAGCAUGGAGUUUCUCUUUUCCCUUUUAUCUUUCCAACUUUAGUUUUAAGUUUUUGCAUGCUAGAGUUCUUAUAACUCAGGUGAGGAAAGUUUGAUUUUUGAGAUUGUAAAAAGACAUCAAACCUGUGAUUGUUUUUAUCCCCUGUGAUCCUGGUGUACUCACGUUUGAGUUGAACACUCUUAGGGUUUUAUUUCUAUAUCCUGGUGAGAAAAGUUGUUGGUGAUACAUGACAAAUUACAUGGUUGGGCCCUGUGAGCAAGUUAGACGAUGGUGGUCUUGGUUGUCCCCAUCGGUAUUGUGUUCAGGACAACUUUCUCUGUAGAACCAGAUGAGGCGUGUGAUCAAGAUGUAUUUUUUGGUAUAGCAACUUUUUUUUUAUUCUGUACCCAAGUGGGUUUAUAUAUGCUGGAUGACCAAUGGUGAUGCAUCUCUUUCCCUGAGUGACAAAAGUCAUGCAUACUCUUUCCAUCCUACCCUUAUUUUAGUCCUCUUUUUCCAGAAAAAAAUAUCCCUGUACUUUGCAAUAAAUGCAAUUUUCAGUCA